CGCGGGUGACGUCACCGGCAUACCUGAGUUUCGAGAAGGGGAGGGUCAAGUUAACAAGCGAAGCUGUGAGCGGAAAACACAAUUUCUGACCCAAUUGUCUGUAGCAAACAAGAGAAAAACGUAAUACUCUGUAAUGCAAUGUGUAUGGUAUAUCUGUACGUUUGGUAACCCGAAAUAGCAGAUUUAAGAAAGGAUUAAUCAUUUACGAAGGACGGAGCAGUGGCCCUGGCUUUUGGGCUGAAGGGGUGACUACUUCCUGGUAUACCGUGACUGCAGCUGAUGGCGGUCCACCCGCGGCGCGUUCGACUCAAGCCCUGGCUGGUGGCCCAGGUGGACAGCGGGCAGCACCCGGGCCUGGUGUGGCUGGACCGCGAGGCCAAGCGCUUCCAGAUCCCCUGGAAGCACGCCACCCGCCACACGCCCCAGCAGGAGGAGGAGAACACCAUAUUCAAGGCCUGGGCGGUGGAGACGGGGAAGUUCCAGGAGGGCGUGGACGAGCCCGACCCCGCCAAGUGGAAGGCCCAGCUGCGCUGCGCCCUCAACAAGAGCCGCGAGUUCAACCUGAUCUACGACGGCACCAAGGUGGUGCCCAUGAACCCGCUCAAGAUCUACGAAGUCUGUGACAUCCCCCAGCCCCUCAGCAACCCAGGGUCCACAGGCUCUGUGCCAUGGGAGGAUAAUGAUGCAGACUUGGAUGAUGAAGAUGAGAUCCUUGAGCCACUCCCCCCAUACCCACCCAAAGCUCCAGAGCCCUCUCCUAUCCCAGCAGUGUGGUCCCCCGCGGGCUCCGUCUCCCCCCUGCAGCCCCCCAGCUGCCCCCCCGCUGAGGUGUGGCCCAAAGAGGAGCCCAUAGACGUGGACAUGCACCCGCCGGGCCUGCCGGAGACCAUGCUGUCCAGCCCGGAGAUGUGGAUCAGCUCCCUGCCCAUGACCGACCUGGAGGUUCAGUUCCAGUACCGGGGGAAGGAGGUGUGCCCGGCCGUGACGGUCAGCAACCCGCUGGGCUGCCGUCUGUUCUACGGGGACCUGGGCCCCAUGGUGAACCAGGAGGAGCUGUUCGGCCCGAUCAGCCUGGAGCAGCUGCGCUUCCCCCCCACGGAGCACAUCACCAACGAGAAGCAGCGGCUCUUCACCAACCGCCUGCUGGACGUGAUGGACCGCGGCCUCAUCCUGGAGGUCAGCGGCCACGACAUCUACGCCGUGCGCCUGUGCCAGUGCAAGGUGUACUGGUCCGGGCCCUGCGCCCCCAGCACCUCCCCAAACCUCAUCGAGCGCCAGCGGAAGGUCAAGCUCUUCUCCCUGGAGUCCUUCCUGAGCGAUGUGAUCGCCCACCAGAAGGGGCAGUCGGAGCGGCCUCCUCAGUUUGAGAUCAACCUGUGCUUCGGGGAGGAGUGGCCUGACGGCCGACCGCUGGAGAGGAAGCUCAUCAUGGUGCAGGUGAUCCCCGUGGUGGCGCGCAUGCUCACGGAGAUGUUCUCCGGCGACUGCAUGCGCUCCUUCGACAGCAGCAGCGUCCGGCUGCAGAUCUCCAUCCCCGACAUCAAGGACAACAUCGUCACCCACCUCAAGCAGCUCUACCGGCUGCUGCAGACCCACCAGGGCCACGAGGGCUGGCCCCUGGCUCCUGGGGCCAAUCUGCACCUGCCCCCGGCCCUGCACGCGCAGUGACCCGGCCCCCCCGCGUCCGCUCACCGGGCCGGCUGGCGGGGAGAGAGAUACUCCGCUGCGGUGAAGCAGAGCUGGGCUCCGUCCAGCCCGGUCACAGGGCCUAGACUGCGUGUGGGUAGCAGGCUUCGCAGCAUACCAACGAAACAAAAACAACUUUGCUUCUUCCUUAAGAUUUACGCUAGCAAAAAAAAAAUGACCCGAGCAACAUUAGCCUUUUUAAAAAAAAAAUAAAAAAAAAAAAAAAAUGUCCUCUGCUUACUCUUAACCUCUCAUUAAAAUGUGGACGAUCGGACAGUUUCGGGGGAAUUUGCCGACACACAGAGGGGAACCUCAUUGUCUUCAGAGUUAAGGUCACUGCUAACCGGAGAGAUGCGGGUAUGUCUGAGGUGGUACCCUGUAUACACACAGAGAGGAUUGAAUGUCCCUCUAUAAACUGUUUUGACAGAUGGGCAAUUCUGUGCUGGUUUAAUUGUAGGCGCGUUAACUACCCUAUGCGACUAACGUAUCUAGUAAUCUUCAGACAUACUUGUCACUGCUAUUUUACUUGUGAAUCUUAGUGUAGUCGUGAAUUAAAUAGAGGCCUUGGGAGUGUAAUUCCUGCUGUUAGGGAAAUGUGCAGUUCUGGUCAUUUGUUUUUCUGACUUGAGGCAUUUUUUUUGGGAGUGUCUGUGCUGUUCACUUGCCUACCACUUUUAAUGUGAUAUGAAGUACCUUUUUAAAAAAAGAAAAGAAUUAGUAUUAAAGUAAAUAUGUUUUAUGAUGUAGUGAGAUAUGUUGCUUCACAGUAGUUUGAGUGAGGUCAGUUUCAUGCAACUGGGUAAAAAUAGGCCUGGAAAGUACAUUUAUGUGCCCUUUUACUAAAGCAUUGCUCACAGGACUAAAUGAGAUCUACCUAUUGUUGGGAAACCUCAGUAUGCUGUUCAAACUGCAUUGACUUCUUUUGUGCAUAAAAGUCUAUUUUUUUUAUUUACCAGCCAUGGAAUAAUUAGGAUAAAAUUAUGUCGGGGUGGAGUAACUUAAAUUCUGGUAUCCCAGAAUUCUGUGCCAGGAGGCUUUAGUUGCUGAAAUUUGAGCAAUGAAUUCACUGUCUUUAUACGUAAAUGUUGAGCACUGAGUUUGACCACAAGACCACUGUGGCCUUUGUGCGCUCAACUUGUCAUUCCCUGAAGUGCAUGACAUAAGCAGCAACUUCAGUAUAGUAGGGAAUUUCAGUAUGUGUCUGAAAUGUAUAUAUGUUGAGCACUGCACAUUCCGUUCCGUAGGGGUAGGACAUUUAAUGCUCUGUUAGUACUCUUAUUCAUAUUGUAAUUUUUCGAACAUGAUAUAAAAUCAUCAUUGCAUAUUAUAUUGGGAGAAUGUGUAUGGCUUAUAAUGUGUCUCUUGGUGAAUGGAUAUUUUAUGCAUAAAUGUGGAUUUCUAACCCAUUUAACAGAAUACAGUUCUGUCCUAAUAUUGGGAGCACAUA